GGAAGACGCUGCACCUCUGGAGGCUGAGAGUAACGUAAGCGGAGUCUCCGGGUGAUGGAGACCCAAACUUCGCCCAAGGAUGAGGUGGCUGAGGUGGCCGAGCUGGAGCUUGAGGCCGUGAUCGGAUUCAAUGGACAUGUCCCCGCUGGUCUAAAAUGCCAUCCCGACCAGGAGCAUCUGGUUUAUCCUCUGGGUUGCACCAUCCUCAUUCAGGCACUAAAUACUCAGGAACAGAAUUUCCUACACGGUCAUGGCAACAAUGUCUCCUGUGUGACCAUCUCCAAGAGCGGAGUUUACCUUGCUUCCGGACAAGUCACAUUCAUGGGCUUCAAGGCGGAUAUCAUUUUGUGGCAUUAUAAGAAAAGGGAGCUGAUUGCUCGGCUAUCGCUUCACAAGGGCAAAAUUGAAGCUCUGGCCUUUUCACCAAAUGAUCUGUACUUGGUAUCACUAGGAGGCCCAGAUGAUGGAAGUGUGGUGGUGUGGAGCAUAGCCAAGGGAGACGCCAUCUGUGGCAGCCCUGCUGCCGGCCCCAACGUCGGGAAUGCCACCACGGUCAUCUUCUCCAAUUGCUGCGAUGAGAUGUUUGUCACUGCUGGAAAUGGGACAAUUCGAGUAUGGGAACUGGAUCUCCCAAAUAGAAAGAUCUGGCCAACCGAGUGUCAUACAGGACAAAUGAAAAGAAUAGUCAUGAGUAUCUCAAUGGCCCAUGAUGAUAGCUUUUUCUACGUUGGCACCACCACUGGAGAUAUUCUAAAGAUGAACCCUAGGACCAAGCUGCUGGCAGACACUGGGCCUGCCAAGGACAGAUUCAGUCUGGGAGUGUCAGCUAUCAGGUGCCUGAAGAUGGGGGGUUUAUUGGUGGGCUCCGGAGCCGGAUUGCUGGUCUUCUGUAAAAGCCCCAGCUACAAACCCAUCAAGAAAAUCCAGUUACAAGGUGGCAUCACUUCUAUCACACUUCGAGGGGAAGGACACCAGUUCUUUGUUGGAACAGAAGAGUCACACAUUUAUCGUCUCACCUUCACAGAUUUCAAAGAGACUCUCAUUACAACUUGUCACUUUGAAGCUGUUGAGGACAUCGUCUUUCCAUCUGGCACCGCUGAGCUCUUUGCCACCUGUGCCAAGAAGGACAUCCGGGUGUGGCACACGCUGUCCAACAGGGAGCUGCUGCGGAUCACUGUGCCCAACAUGACCUGCCGUGGCAUUGAUUUCAUGAGGGACGGCAAGAGCAUCAUUUCUGCGUGGGACGACGGUAAGAUCCGAGCCUUUGCCCCAGAGACAGGCCGGCUGAUGUACGUCAUUAACAACGCCCACAGGAUUGGAGUGACGGCCAUCGCCACCACCAGUGACUGUAAAAGGGUCAUCAGCGGCGGUGGGGAAGGGGAGGUGAGGGUGUGGCAGAUAGGCCACCAGACCCAGAAGCUGGAGGAGGCCCUGAAGGAACACAAGUCCUCCGUGUCCUGUAUCAGGGUGAAGAAGAGCAACGAGGAGUGCGUCACGGCCAGCACGGACGGCACCUGCAUCAUAUGGGACCUCGUGCGUCUUAGGAGGAAUCAGAUGAUCCUGGCUAACACCUUAUUCCAGUGUGUUUGUUACCACCCUGAAGAGUUCCAGAUCAUCACCAGCGGGACAGACAGAAAGAUUGCUUACUGGGAAGUGUUUGAUGGGUCAGUAAUCAGAGAGUUGGAAGGUUCCUUGUCCGGGGCCGUCAAUGGCAUGGAUAUCACCGUGGAAGGAGUGCAUUUUGUCACAGGUGGAAAUGACCGUCUUGUCAAAGUUUGGGAUUACAAUGAGGGUGAAGUGACUCACGUUGGGGUGGGACACAGUGGCAACAUCACCCGCGUCCGGAUAAGCCCAGGAAAUCAGUACAUCAUUAGCGUGAGUGCCGAUGGGGCCAUUUUGAGAUGGAAGUACCCAUUUCCCUCAUGAAACGUUGGAGACCUCCUGGAUUCACAGCAUUGAAUACCGUCCUGUUGGAGGCUGAGCUUAGAUAACUCCACGACUAGUCUUGCUUUCUCACACCUGUGUGUCUGUGCUUUGGUCAAAAUACUUUAUCUACAAGUUUCUCCUUUCCUUUAUAGAAUGCAUUUUACAUUCUUGAAUUGUAUAUUAAAACUGAGACGUGUUCAAGAAUAAUUCGUCCAGACUGUAAAGUUUUUUUAUUAUGAGUAAGUUCCCAGUUGUUGGUUUCCUGUCAUAAUCUCCCUUCUAUGACUCUGCAAAACCCACAGCCCUUCCUCAUAAUUUGUCCACAGAUAACCAUUGCUGUUAGUCUCUAAAAAUAAGGAAGGUGAAUUUACCUUCUUUUUUUUUUUUUUUGCGGUACGCAGGCCUCUCACUCUUGUGGCCUCUCCAGUUGCGGAGCACAGGCUCCAGACGCACAGGCUCUGCGGCCAUGGCUCACGAGCCCAGCCGCUCCGCGGCAUGUGGGAUCUUCCCGGACCGGGGCGCGAACCCAUGUCCUCUGCAUCGACAGGCGGACUCUCAACCACUGCGCCACCAGGGAAGCCCCGAAUUUACCUUCUUAAUCAGCAUUUCAUUGGUCAAGCUGCCUGGGGCAAGACGUGGGUUUGGAUCCAGAUCUUGGGUAGGGUUUUUGUUUUGUUUGAACUCUCUGAUACUCCGUUUUGUAAAGCAAGAAUACCUGCUCAAAAAGUGAUUGUGAGAAUUAAGUGAAAUAAUGUAUUAAAGCGUCGGCAGCGUUCAUGACAGAGUAGAAACUUCAAUACGAAUUAUGGUGCUUUCUCAAAGAAAAUGUGUGUCGGGGAUCUUGGGGGUAAUUAUCAAAGGUGAAAUUUCAUAGAUGUUUUUCUGGAGUUAACCAUAAAAUCUUUCUCCUCUGCUUACCAUUAGAAGAGCGAUGGAAUGGACCUUGUGUAUUGACCGUCCAACCAGGGACGGUGUCCUUUUCCAGGGAGCAUAAAUAAC